ACCAGGAAACAGGAAUCACAUGAGUUCAGGGAAAGAGAAACUGAAGUGUAGCUGAGCUGCUGUGUGUUAGUGAUUCUGUAUUUCUGCAGUAAAAUGGCAGAAGCCAGAUUUUCUCAGGAUGAGUUCUUGUGUCCGGUGUGUCUGGAUCUCCUGAAGGAUCCAGUGACCAUCCAGUGUGGACACAGUUACUGUAUGAGCUGUAUUACAGACAGAUGGGAUAAAGAGGAUGAGAAGAGAGUCUACAGCUGUCCUCAGUGCAGACAGACCUUCAGCCCAAGACCUGCUUUAUUUAAGAACGUGGUGUUUGCUGAAAUGAUGGAGAAACUGAAGAAGACUAAACUUCAAAGUGUGGUUCCUACUGGAGCUGGAGAUGUGCAGUGUGACGUCUGUACUGGAAGAAAAUACAGAGCCGUCAAGUCCUGUCUGCUGUGUCUGAACUCUUACUGUCAGAAUCACCUCGAACAACAUGAGAGUUGGUUUAAAGGAAAGAAACACAGUUUGAUUGAAGCUACUGGACGACUGCAGGAGAUGAUCUGCCAGAAACACGAGAAGCUUCUUGAGGUUUUCUGUCGCACUGAUCAGAAGUGUAUAUGUGUGCUGUGUACGGUUAUUGAACAUAAAAACCACGACACUGUAUCAGCCGCAGAUCAGAGGACAGAGAAACAGAAGCAGCUGAAGGAGACACAGAAGACGCUCCAGCAGAGAAUCCAGCAGAGAGAGAAAGAUCUCCAGCAGCUGAGAGAGACUGUGGAGUCUCAUAAGCGCUCUGCACAGACAGCAGUGGAGGACAGUGAGAGGAUCUUUACUGAGCUCAUCCGCUCCAUUGAGAGAAGCCGCUCUGAGCUGAUACGACUGAUCAGAGAUCAGGAAAAGACUACAGUGAGUCGAGCUGAAGAACGACUGGAGCGACUGGAGCAGGAGAUCAAUGAUCUGAGGAGGAGAGACGCUGAGCUGGAGCAGCUUUCACACACACAGGAUCACAUCCAGUUCCUGCAGAGUUUCCAGUCUCUCUCAGCACCUCCUGAAUCUACAGACGUAAAUGAUGAUCUCUUCAGUUCUCUCUUCUCUUCUGAUGAUCUGAGAGAAUCUGUCCAUCAGCUGAGAGACAAACUGGAGGAUUUCUGCAAAGAGCAGCUCAAGAAGAUCUCAGACAGAGUCACAUUCUCCAACAUUGAUCACUGGACCAGGAAGGACUUCCUACAAUAUUCCCGUCAGCUCACUCUGGAUCUGAACACAGUGAAUAAACUCCUCCGUCUGUCUGAGAACAACAGAGUGAUUACAUUCACUAACACACUCCAGCCGUAUCCUGAUCAUCCAGACAGAUUUGAUUAUUAUCAUCAGGUGUUGUGUAGAGAGAGUGUGUGUGGACGCUGUUACUGGGAGAUUGAGUGGAGUGGACGUGUGUUUAUAUCAGUGUCAUAUAAGAGCAUCAGCAGGAAGGGACGGGGUGAUGAGUGUGUGUUUGGAUAUAAUGAUCAGUCCUGGAGUUUGUACUGCUCUUCCUCCAGAUACUCAUUCAGACACAAUAACAUAAAGACUGUUCUCUCUGUGAAGCCCAUCAGCAGUAGAAUAGGAGUGUAUAGUGAUGAUGAUGAUGAUGUCAGGAGAAUAGGAGUGUUUGUGGAUCACAGAGCAGGAACUCUGUCCUUCUACAGCGUCUCUGACACAAUGAGCCUCAUCCACACAGUCCAGACCACAUUCACUCAGACGCUCUAUCCUGGGUUUGGGGUUUAUAAUGGAUCAGUGAAACUGUGUUGAUGAAUCAGAAUAGACUGACGAGAGAUUCUGCCCAUAAUGCUUUUAGCUGAAUGCUAAAUCUUUAUAAUAACCUAUAUCAACA